GUCAAAUGUAAUCGAAAUAUUGGUCUAUGGAUUAAAACUAAAUUCUAACCUAAAAUAUCAAAAUAUUACAAAUGCCUGUAAAAUAAAAUAAUUUGUAGAUAUACAAAACAGUGUAUUUUUAAUGUUUUGGGGCCAUUAGGUUACUACGAUUUGAAAAUGGGUUCUCGACAAAUAGUUGAAAAAUCUUUGGGUAUGCUUAGAUCUUUACCCAGAAUUUCACUGGCCAACAUUCGUGAUAACCCAGGUUCUAAGCGAACUCAAAAACGUGGGCGUGCACAACACGGCGGUGACAAACAUGGUUGCGGAAACAAGGGCUCAGGCCAGAGACAAAACUAUAUGAGGCUGGGCUAUGAGACUGGAAACAAUCCAUUUUACCUCAGAGUUCCACAAGAACAUUACUACAGAGGCCACCAUCUCAAAAGGCAAUAUCCACCUUUAUCCCUGAGUGAACUGCAGAAAUUUAUAGAUACAGAUCGUAUUGACAUCUCAAAACCUGUGGAUGUGGCCACUUUGAUGAGGUCUGGGUUGUACAAUAUCUUCCCUGACCAAAAACAUUUUGGUGUCAACCUAACUGAUGAAGGAGUUGACAAUUUCAAAUCAAAAAUAAACAUUGAAGUUCAGUGGGCGAGUGAACAAGUUAUAGCUGCAAUUGAGAAGAAUGGUGGAGUGAUAACUACAGCUUACUAUGACCCACAUAGUUUAUUACUCUUGAAAAACCCUAAGAAGUUUUUUGAAACUGGCCAAGCUAUUCCUCGACGAAUGAUACCACCUCCAGAUGCUAUUGAAUACUACUCAAGUGCAGCCACCAGAGGGUAUUUGGCCAAUCCUGAGGAAAUUUCACUUGAAAGGUUGAAGUUGGCUCAAAAGUAUGGCUAUGAACUACCUAAAAUCGAAAAUGACCCCAUGUACACUGUCCUGAGUGAGAGAAAAGAUCCAAGGCAAAUAUUUUAUGGGUUAGAACCUGGAUGGGUUAUCAAUUUAAAGGAUCAAUGCAUUCUAAAACCUAAAGAUGAAGAAUUAUUGAAAUAUUAUGCAUCUUAAACAAUUUCUAGCAUGUACUAAUUAGUAAUAAUGAUAUUAGUUAACAUAAAAUAAAUACUGUUUGGUAUGUA